ACUCGUAUGUAGUUGUCGCUGCCCUUCUCUGUCACUCAGCGCUCCUCAGUUGUUUUGAAGCCGUGGCUGCUCCAGCGAUCUGUGGGUGGGUGACGUCUGAUGUCAUUUCCUGCUGAGGUCAUGCAGACGGCGAACUUGAACGAUUUCUGCGCAGAAUGAGUAACGUCUGCGCGUCUGGAACGUCUUCUCUGGGUCUCUGUUGUUUAUUUUGAGGGGGUGGGGCGGUUUUGCGAAAGAUAAUUUUGUAAUUUGUGAAAGUUGCUAUGCAGCGUAAGUAAGUAAUUUAUAUUUCUUUGCAAUAUGAAGAAUGGAAGAAGACGAUGUGACCAUCACCGCCAGAGAGCAGAAUUUCCACAGCCAAGUCCGAGAAUACAUUAUUUGUUUCCUACUUUUUGCAGUCCUCUACUUCGUUUCAUACUUCAUUAUCACCAGAUACAAGAGGAAAGCUGAUGAUCAUGAAGAUGAAGAUGCCAUUGUCAACCGAAUAUCGCUUUACUUGUGCACCUUCACUCUGGCUGUUUCAGCUGGGGCAGUGCUGCUUCUGCCAUUUUCAAUAGUCAGUAUUGAGAUCCUGCUCUCCUUCCCUAAAAACUACUAUAUCCAGUGGCUUAAUGGCUCACUAAUCCAUGGCCUGUGGAAUCUGGUGUCCCUGUUCUCUAACCUCUGCCUGUUCAUGCUCAUGCCCUUUGCCUAUUUCUUUCUGGAGUCGGAAGGGUUUGCUGGAUCUAAAAAGGGCAUUAAAGCUAGAGUCCUGGAAACAUUUGUGAUGCUUAUACUGCUGGGGUUGCUUAUUCUGGGAAUAGUUUGGGUAGCGUCGGCUCUUAUAGACAACGAUGCAGCCAGUAUGGAAUCCUUGUAUGAUCUUUGGGAGUUCUACUUGCCUUAUUUGUAUUCCUGUAUUUCUUUAAUGGGGGGUUUACUGCUUCUUUUAUGCACACCUGUGGGCCUUUCCAGGAUGUUUACAGUCAUGGGGCAGUUGCUGGUAAAGCCAACAAUUCUGGAAGACCUGGAUGAGCAAAUUUACUGCAUCCAUUUACAAGAGGAAGCACUUCAAAGGAGAUUAAACGGGAUGACCUCACAUUCCCAAUACAACCCAGUAGAUCUGCAACAGGAGCUGGACAGCGUAAGAAGCAUGAAAAAUAAACUGGAAAGGCGGAAGAAAGCUUCUGCAUGGGAGAAGAAUUUGGUGUAUCCUGUUGUCAUGUUAAUACUCCUGGCUGGAACAACAAUAUCAGUCCUUCUGGUUGUGUUCAACAUCCUCUAUUUGUUAGUUGAUGAAACUGCAAUGCCAAGGGGAUCAAAGGCAAAUAAUACAAAGGAGCGGGGGAUUGGAAGUGCUUCCUUGUCCACGUUUGGAUUUGUGGGAGCAGCACUUGAAAUCAUCCUGAUUUUCUAUCUAAUGGUGUCUUCUGUCGUUGGCUUCUAUAGUCUGCGCGUCUUUGAGGAGCUCACGCCCAGGAAAGAUGACACAACCAUGACAACGAUCAUUGGUUGCUGUGUGUCUAUCCUUGUGUUGAGUUCUGCAUUGCCAGUUAUGUCAAGAACCUUGGGUAUAACCAGGUUUGAUCUCCUGGGUGACUUUGGGAGAUUCAAUUGGUUGGGAAAUUUCUACAUCGUCUUGUCUUACAACAUACUGUUUGCUGUUGUGACGACACUGUGUCUGGUCAGAAAGUUUACCUCAGCUGUGCGGGAAGAGCUUCUGAAAGCAUUAGGUCUAGAUAAAUUACACCUAUCAAAUAACACAAGGGAACCAGAAAAGCAUUCUGCAAACAGGCAUCAGAAAUCACUGUGAAAAUACGACCAGUAAAUAAUCAACAAGGACUGAAUACGAGAAGGGAAAGCUUCCACCUCAUGACACAUGAUAAUCUGUAUAUCCCCUCCCCCCCCCCUC